AAGACAGUAGCGUGCAUUCAGAAAGAUGGCAGGCUUCCUGAUGUGCGCAGUGCGUUUUCUAUUUUUAUUUUAUAUUAAUUCGAUCCUUGUGUCACCUGGUCUUACGAACAAACUAGUGCAAACUGUACCGGAGCCUUUAAUUCAAAGUGCCUUGAAUUCUUUGAACGAGGAUUCUCCGACGCAUCACACGUACAAGGGCGGUAACCUGAUUAGUGCGCAAAAAUUGGAUGAGUCCCCAUACAUAGUAUAUAGACUCACGUUCGAUUUAACUCCUGUGUGCAAGGAAUCAUUGGAACCUUGCCCACGAGAAGCAUGCACCGUCGAAGUGAAACAACACGAACUAGGAGACAUAAAUGUUUUACGAGAAUCUAUACAGUGUAUGUAUUUGUAUCCCCAAUUACCACAGGAUGAGCCAAUGCAAAUACAAGAAAAUAAUCAGGAACAGGAGCUUAUUGAAAAUUUGGAUAAACAGAUUGUAAAUAAUCAAAGUGUCGAAUUGGAUCAUGAGAUUCAGAAAACUGGAGAUCACAAUGAUAAACCAUUCAUUGCUAUGAGAGCUACCAGUCCCAACUAUUGUCCAGGAUGUCCUUAUGAAUUAAAUCCAAAUUUACCUGGAGUAGCUGCUUUUCGAGAACAAGUGUCAAGAUCAAUGGACGAAUUGAUCCAAAAUGACUUCAAGCACAAGGUAAUUGACGUUAUUAAAGUAACCCGUGCUGUUCCACCUUCUACUAAUGUAAUACAGUAUCAACUCUUGUUACGCGUGGGAGAAUCUGAUUGUUUAAAGAAUGCAAUAGAACAGUCAGACUGUUCUAUACAAAUAAAUCUUCCUGUGAAGACAUGUUUGGUAACAUUCGAGGAACAACCUUGGCAACAAUCUAGUCGUAAAAUUACAAAGAACAAUUGUACUAUGGAUAACAGUAAAGACAUUGAAGAUAAUAUUAAUUCUUAUUCAACAUUAGGUGUUGAAUCGCUUGUAACACCUAUACCUAACAAACAAGAAAUCAAUGUUGAGAAAGCUGAGGCUUUAGAAAACUUGAAAGAUAUUCUUGACAAUUAUAAUUACAAUACAACUACAGAUGUACAAGAGCAAGAGGAAUCAGAAGUAACAGAACAUCCUAUUGUGAAGGUUUGUCUAAACAAAAGUGACAAUGAUGUGAAAGCUCAAGUAUUUGAAGAUAAAGCUAAAGAAUUUCGUGAGUUUUUAAAAGAUUUUGAUUUGCCUACAAGGGAAGCAAAAUCAAACCCCGAGACAAAUAAAGAAGAAGUUAAAGAAGAAAUCAUUGUACCAAAAAAAGUAUUUGCAGAUUCUGCAACGAAUGAGUCCCGCAAACUGUUUAGGAGUAAAAGAAAAUCUGGUCUUGUCGGUGCACCUAGUAAUACAAAUGUUAAUGAUCCUGAAAUAGUGGAUGCUGUAAAUAAAGGAUUGCAGAAGCUCUCAGACAAUUAUCGAGGUACAAAUGAGCCUAUCAUCACAGAAAUUUUGGAAGCUUCGAAACAAAUAGUAUCAGGAGUGUUAUAUAAAGUAAAAGUUAAAGUGGGUACAAGUACAUGCUCGAAAGGUGCAAAAAAUAAUUGUCAAUUGCAGGAAGAAAGUGAGAUUCAGGAAUGUUUAUUCACUGUAUGGUCUCAACCAUGGAUUGAUCAUGGCUCUCCAGAAAUCACGGUCAACUGUGAUUUAAACAAUCGACAAAAACGAUCCUUACGGGAUAAUAACUUGCAACAAUUACUUAAGAGCCAAAGCAAGCAUGAUCUUGUUGGUGCAUCUCAAAGUAAAGACGUAAACAAUCCCGAGAUACAGAAUCUUGCCAAUAAAGGAUUACAAAAAUUUUCCGAAAAUUCUGAAGGCACAAACGAACCUAUAAUAGCAGAAAUUCUGGAAGCUUCUCAACAAGUAGUAUCAGGAUACUUAUACAAAAUAAGAGUUAAAUUAGGCGCUAGCACUUGCCCAAAGGGCGUUAAAGAUAACUGUCUGUUAAAGAAAGACAGUGAAAUUAAAGAAUGCUUGUUCACGAUAUGGUCUCAGCCAUGGAAAGAUAAUGGAUUACCGGAAAUUGCCAUUAAUUGUGACUUAAGUAACCGACGAAAACGGUCGUUGCGGGGUUCUCAGUAUGUUGAAAAAAUGUUGAACAUAAGCAAGAAUGUUAAGGAGGAAUUUAUGUUUGGAAAUUUCAUCAAUGAGUACGGGAAAACGUACAGUUCAGCUAAGGAAAAACGAAAUCGUUUCAAAAUCUUUCAAAGUAAUUUAAAACUUAUCGAAGAACUGCAGAAUCUGGAACAAGGAACCGCUAAGUACGGUGUUACGAUGUUUGCAGACUUAACACUGAAAGAAUUUAAAGCACAGUACUUGGGCCUUCGACUUGAUUUGAAGCAAGACAACGAAAUACCUCUUCAAGAAGCUGAGAUACCAGAUGUUGAUUUACCACCUAAAUUUGAUUGGCGUGAUUACAACGCGGUUACGCCUGUAAAAAAUCAAGGCCAAUGUGGAUCGUGUUGGGCAUUUUCAGCUACUGGAAAUAUCGAAGGACAGUAUGCAAUUAAACACGGAAAAUUAUUAUCACUAUCGGAACAGGAAUUAGUAGAUUGUGAUACUUUAGACGAUGGAUGCAAUGGAGGAGAGAUGGAAAAUGCUUAUAGAACCAUAGAAAAGUUAGGCGGUCUCGAAUUGGAAACCGAUUAUCCUUACGAUGCCCAAAAUGAAAAGUGCCAGUUCGUUAAAAAUAAAGCCAUGGUAGAAGUUGUCUCUGCUGUAAAUAUUACGUCAAACGAAACAGAGAUGGCACGAUGGUUAGUCAAAAAUGGUCCAAUCGCAAUUGCAAUUAAUGCAAAUGCUAUGCAGUUUUACGUUGGUGGUGUGUCGCAUCCAUUCAAGUUUGUAUGUGACCCCAAAAGCUUAGAUCACGGCGUCCUAAUUGUGGGAUAUGGCACAAGCAAGUAUCCCCUCUUCCACAAAGAAUUACCGUAUUGGACCGUAAAGAAUAGUUGGGGCCCACGAUGGGGCGAAAAAGGCUAUUAUAGGGUGUAUAGAGGAGACGGUACCUGUGGAUUAAAUACAAUGGCUACGAGCGCUAUAGUAGCAUAAUGAAAAUAUUCAUGAAACUAAUGUCUUUCAUAAUAAUAUUUAACUUACUUUAAAUAAAAUUAUUUUUGUUUACUAACGCAAUACGCAUGUUAUAUGAACUUUAUCGCUUUGAUUACGAACAAACGAUGAAAGGCUCUCUUGCAAAGUCACAAACUUGCAACAAAUUAGAUGGGAGUACAGAGUUUUCCACAGUUGUAAUUACUUAGAAACAUAGUAAGGCUUUCGUAAUAAAAAAAUAAAGAAAUACUUGUUACAAUAAUUUUGUGUGUUCACAUUAUACUCAUACCCCGCUAUAACAUUUUAUACUUGCCUUUCGCUGA